AUGGACUGUGUCUACUAUUUCCUGGGAUUCCUGCUACUGGCUGCAAGAUUGCCACUUGAUGUUGCCAAAAGAUUCCAUGAAGUACUGAGCAAUGAAAGACCUUCUGCUUAUAUGAGGAACCACAACCAAUUAAAUGGCUGGUCUUCAGAUGAAAAUGAUUGGAAUGAAAAGCUCUAUCCAGUGUGGAAACGGGGAGACUCUAGGUGGAAAAACUGCUGGAAAGGAGGCUGUGUACGGGCAGUCCUGACCAGUGAUUCCCCAGCACUGGUGGGCUCAGAUAUAACAUUUGUGGUGAAUCUAGUAUCCCCCAGAUGCCAAAAGGAAGAUGCCAAUGGCAACAUAGUCUAUGAGAAGAACUGCAGAAAUGAUACUGAUUUGUCUCCUGACCCAUAUGUUUACAACUGGACAGCCUGGACAGAGGAUGGUAACUGGGGAAAUGGCAUAGACCAAAGCUAUUACAAUGUUUUCCCUGACGGAAAACCUUUUCCUUACCCGCCUGGAUGGAAGAAAUGGAAUUUUGUCUACAUCUUCCACACACUUGGUCAGUAUUUCCAGAUAUUAGGACGAUGUUCGGUGAGAGUUUCUAUAAACACAGCCAAUGUGACACUUGGCCCUCAACUCAUGGAAGUGAUUGUCUAUAGAAGACACCGGCAUACAUUUGUUCCAAUUGCAAAAGUUAAGGACCUGUAUGUGGUAACAGAUCAGAUCCCUAUACUUGUGACUAUGUCCCAGAAGAAUGAUCGAAAUUCAUCUGAUGAAACCUUCCUCAAGGACCUCCCCAUUAAGUUUGAUGUCCUGAUUCAUGAUCCUAGCCAUUUCCUUAAUGAGUCUGCCAUUAAAUACAAGUGGAACUUUGGGGAUAAUACUGGUCUGUUCGUUUCUAAUAAUCACAUUUCAAAUCACACGUAUGUACUGAAUGGAACCUUUAGCCUUAAUCUCACUGUGCAAGCUGCAGUGCCUGGACCUUGUUCUCUGCCUUCAUCCAGGCCUCCAAAGCCCGACCCUUCUUUAGGUCCUGCUGGUGAUAGCCCCCUGGAACUGAGUGAGAUCCCUGAUGCCAGAUGCCAGAUUUAUAGAUACGGUUACUUUAAAGCCACCAUCACAAUCGUAGAGGGAAUCCUAGAGGUAAACAUCAUCCAGAUGACAGACGUCCUGACGCCAGUGCCACAGCCUGAAAACUCCCUGAUGGACUUCAUCGUGACAUGCCAAGGGUCCAUUCCCACGGAGGUCUGUACCAUCAUUUCUGACCCCACCUGCCAGCUUGCCCAGAGCUCAGUCUGCAACCCUGUGGACAUGGACAAUAAUUGCUUGCUAACUGUGAGAAGAGCCUUCAGUGGAUCUGGAACAUACUGUCUGAACCUCACUCUGGGUGAUGCUACGAGUCUGGCUGUCACGAGCUCCCUCAUCUCCGUCCGUGGCAAAGAUCCAGCAUCCCCUUCAAGAAUGGCAAACGGAGUCCUGAUCUCUGUUGGCUGCUUGAUGAUAUUUGUCACUGUGGUCACUGUCAUGGUGUACAGAAAAUACAAAGAAUACAAACCAAUAGAAAACAGUCCUGGGAAAUUGGCCAAAGACAAAGGCCUGAAUGCUCUCUUCAACCUUGCAAAGGCCACGUUCUCCCGUGGAAGCCAGGAGAAGGAUCCACUGCUCAAGAACCAGCCAGGAAUUGUUUAA